AUGGGAGCUGGCUCGUUUUUUCUGUCGAUCGGAUUGUUGAGUGGUGUUAUCAUAAAGCAAAGUCAGCGUUUCGCAAUGGCAUGGAGGAGCAGCGGAAAUACAAAUGCUGAAUUGGUUGGGAAUUUGGAGCAAGCCGGAUUGAUCCAUUCUCCUCGCGUGAAAGCCGCCAUGCUGGCCGUGGAUCGGGCGGAUUUUACGGAUCAUCUACCGUAUCAGGAUUCACCACAAGGCAUUGGAUAUAAUGCAACUAUUUCGGCUCCGCAUAUGCAUGCUCAUGCUCUACAAAAUAUGGAGGCGCACCUGGUUGACGGAGCAAAUGUGCUGGACGUUGGUUCCGGAAGUGGCUAUUUAACCGUAUGCAUGGCUAAAAUGGUUACUCCCCGUGGUAAAGUCGUCGGAAUCGAGCAUAUUGACGAGUUGGUCAACAAAAGCUUGCAGAAUAUUAAGAAGCACCAUAGUGAUCUUAUUAAAAGUGGACACCUGGAGGUGAUCGCCGGUGAUGGUCGACUCGGGCAUCCAUUACCAAAUGGUCCACUUUAUAACGCAAUUCAUGUUGGGGCAGCUGCAGAGUCAAUUCCGCAACCGUUAAUUGACCAACUCGCACCUGGUGGCCGUAUGCUAAUUCCGGUCGGAAAACAGCAUAGCGGACAGAUCUUUGUUCAACUGGAUAAAGCCAUGGAUGGCCGCGUAAGCCAAAAGACGAUCGAGCACGUCUUGUACGUGCCGCUGACGAACACCGGCGCAUACCAAAAUGAUCGUGUCGGCUACGCGUUGCUGCAAGUUGACCGUGCCGAUUUCGUAGACAACAACCCAUACGAAGACGCCCCACAGUCGAUUGGCUUUAAUGCCACCAUUUCCGCUCCCCAUAUGCACGCUGCAGCCAUAGAGGCCCUUGAAGACCAUCUUUACAACGGAGCAAAAGUGCUGGAUGUAUCCCCGAAUGGGAAAGCUGUUGGAAUCGAGCACAUUGAGGAGCUUGUCGAGAAGAGUCGCGAAAAUGUGAUGAAAAAUCAUAAAGAGCUAUUCGAGAUUGGAGCUCUAACACUACUCGUUGGUGACGGCCGCCUUGGCCAUCCCAUCAACGGUGGCUACAAUGCGAUCCAUGUUGGAGCGGCUUCCGAGGGGAUACCACAACCGCUACUCGACCAACUAGCUCCCGGUGGACGUAUGGUAAUCCCUGUCGGCCGCGAGUUAGAUUCACAGGUCUUCCUACAAGUCGACAAAUCUGAAGAUGGCCGGAAUAUAACGCAAAAGGUUAUUGAGGAUGUGAUGUAUGUUCCGUUAACAAAUGCGGAUCAACAGCUUCGUCAAGGGCGCGAAGUGGAUGCUAUU